AUCGACUGCCUAGAUACCUGAAGUCUUAGUACCAAGAACUGGUGUGUAAACUCCGUGAGCCGGCCCCGCAUUCGCUGUCACUGGAGGAUCAGCAACAAAGUCAAUCCUGCCCUCGGUGAAGGGUCAAUUGCAGGCAUUACCGAUACUUUCGAAGACACAGAGACCUAUCAAGCGGUUGAGCGCCCCUCCUGCUCAGCUUAAGUUCUGACGUUGUACUGCUUAUCCCUCUCAUACAAGGACGCCUCUCGUCAGCGCAUCUUUGGCUGUGUUGAAUGAACGCAGCCCCAAUGGCGUAUAAUCGGAUUGGACGGGAUGAUGACCACCGCUACCCGCCCUUGGAAACACCGACAGAUGAUGAGGACGAGGGCCCCCAGGAGACUUCCUCUUCCGUGAACAAGCAAUCUUCGUCGAUACCUAACACUUAUUUCGAAGAGGUCACUACGAUACCCACCGAGUUACCCACCUGGACCAAGAACUACCCUUCCAAGAUGUCUGACAAUCCAUACAGACCAUGGGGAUCAGACAAUCCGUACGAUGGGCGUCCAAGUGGGAGCGGGUCUCCACCUUGGGCUACGAACGACGGUUCCACAUAUCGUGGACCUCCAUGGGCAUCGACAACACUGUCCACUCAAACAGCAUGGGGAGACCAUAACGGGCUUCAGUCUCCCACUGCAUCAGCAACCCCAACAAGGGUACCGACCGACGAUGCAUCAUCACCUGCGCCUACAGAAGAUGGUUUCCCUGAUCUGCAGAACCACGGGGCAGACAACGGCCCCAACCGGACGCCCAUGUACGCUGCUGCUGGCGUUACGCCGGUGGUGGUCAUUAUCAUAGGGUUCCUCGUGUUCUGUUGUCUACGCAAGCGAAGACGGCAAAGGCAAGCAGCUGCUGAACAUAGACAUAUCGAAGAGAUGAAGAUGCAACCGAAGCCUGUCGCGUUGCCCUACAUAGCGCCCAUAACGCCCCCUUCUCCACCGCCAGCAGUUCUGCCACAGUAUUCCCCAUCAACGCCAUCAUCGAGCCACCCUCCAACUGCAAGCUCCUCACAGCCUGUCAUCUUGGGACCUAUUCCAUCUGGCAACAAUGGUGCAUACUUGACAGGCAUGGACACAUCCGACCUUAUUUCCAUGACUUCAGCAAACGGCGUUAGCAGACAGGGCACGGUAGUGGAUCGAGAUCCUUUCGCAGACGGCAGAAGCCUCGAGGAAGCACCACCACCAUAUCGACCAAGCAGUCUUCCCCCGGCCAGCCUCGCAUCUACCUCUCGCAAUAGCAGCGUUCGAAUGGCUGCACCUCCACACAUGACUUCACGGACACAACUCAUCGAGCGUUCGCCUUUCGACGACCCUGAGGACGACGAGGUGUCAGAACUCUCAGGGCCUGCUCUGGGGAGGAGUACUGAUGCGAUGUCUGAUGUUUCUGAUUCUUCAUAUCAAGUUGACCCUGUUGUGGGCAGGUCUCCAUUCUGAUAGGCGUUACGAUGAACUUUACUUUCUUAUCUUAAUGUAUAUACUCGAGGACAGUUCUCUCUCUACAUCAGCGAACCUUACUGCGUCCUAACGAAAGCAUAUGUAUAGGUGUUUAGAUGUUGGUUCGACAGGAAAACGGCAGCCGGU